AUGUUACCCCUGGGACCCAGAGGAACCACAGGGGGAGAGGCGUCGUGUUCAAGCGUGCUGGUCGCGGGCGGAGAGAUUCCAGUCUGCAGCGCAGCACUGUGUGAAGCGAGCGGGGAGACACGAGCGGGCGCAGAAGGAGAGAGCUCGCUCAGCAGCGCGCUGUGCGCACGCAGGGAGACUCCGCUUAGUAGCGCGCUGUGUGCAGCGGGCGGGGAGGCGCCAGUCAGGAGCGCGCUGGUCGCGGGCGGGGAGACUCCAGGCGGAAAAUCCGCGUGGGAAGGCGGAGUCGCGCGCCUUCCCGCCACGUUUCCUGUGGGCGGGGAGGCCCCAGUCAGCAGCGCGCUGCCUGCGGGCGGGGAGACUCCGCUCAGCAGAGCGCUGUGUGCUUCAGGCGGGGAGGCGCCAGUCAGGAGCGCGCUGGUGGGCGCAGGCGGGGAGGCCGCGCUAUCCGUGGUGCCUCGCGCGGGCGGAGAAGCGCCACUCAGAAGCGCACUGCGCGCAGGCGCGGAGUCUCCGCUCAGCAGUGCGUGUCUGCCUGCUAACGGGGAGGUUUCGCGCCGUACCGCGCGCCGCAAAGGGGAGAGUCGACUCCGCACACCAUGCGCGGGAGGUUUCCCCUCCCAGCCACCCUCCCCUUCCGCGCCCUCCGCGCUUCUGCCAUCCGCGUUCCGCGCACGUUCCGCUGCUGCCCCCUGCGCACGUCCCCUCUGCUGUGAAACCGCUGCCUCCCCACCCCGCCACCUCCCUGCUCCCCCGGAUGUGCCUCCUGGUGCGCCCCUCCCCGCAGCGAAGCUCCCGCGGGUUGCGGCAAUCAUGAGGCAGCGAGCAGCAAUGGACGGCGACUCGAGCGGGGGCGGCGCCGCUGCUAGGAAGGGUGGCGAGGAGCCAGAGUUCCUCGACUCGCAAGAGCAGGAGGCGAUGAUUGCAACUUUUGAGAAGCAACACCGCGAGUCAUUUCGUUUCUGGAAGAUCUGCAUAUCGCUGUUGCUACUCGCAUAUGCAUUGUUCAUGGUGCAUGGGGUCAUCAACCUCGUGGUCUCUCCCUGGAGCCAGAGGAGGAAUGCAGAGCUGCGGCAAAUUCUCGACUUCAAUACCCUUGCUGCUGCUGACGUGGCAUCAGUAGCAGCCUCCGCCCUUCUCCUCGCUUCCCUCUGGCUGCACGGAUCAACUCGUCACCUUCUCUUCACCUCUUCUGCUGCUCUCUCCACUGCGCUUGCUCUCUUCUGGUGCUACACCCUGCUACAGCUGGCAACACCGUUCCGGUGGCGGCUCUUCUGGUUACCCCUCACAAAUCCAGU